AUGGUGUAUCAGCUACUGUGGGGCGCCGCCCUGUGCGUCGUGCCAUUCACGCUGCUCGGCUGCGCCGAUAAGAAGCUCAUCGAGGAGUACAAGGAGAGGAUCAGGGUCCUCGAGAAAGACGCGGGAGAGGAUUGCCAGAAGAAGUGCAAGAAUUCGGCGCUGUAUGGCCGGUGGUCAACUAGCACGCAUGGGCACCAGUGUAUGGAGUCCACGGACUUCGGCCCCAAGCCCAUCUGCAUGUGCUCGGCGUCCGAGACGCGCCCGAAGGACUGCAUCAGCGGCACGGAGGUGCUCCUGGAACGAGGGGCUGCCGGCUCUGGGUCUGUAGCCACCGACACGGCCGACGUGGACGCGGAGUCAGAGGUGUCCACCGCGCUCGCUGCCAACGUCAGUGCCGCCGCGUCGCGUGCCGCUGGCGUCAGCAGGCACGGAGCACUGGCUGAGGCCGGCGGCUCGCCACGCCACACGGUGAACAGGUUCUGCGACAAGGACGGCUUGCGGGCCAUGCACGGUGGGCAGUAUGCCGAGCAGGAGGAGGGCGAGGGCAUGGCCAGCUCGAACCAGCUUGAGUCCGCUAUUCUGAACGACAUCUCGAAAGAGCUGGAGACGAACAACGUCGACAAGAUGGCCAAGGAGAUAUUCACUUUCUACGUGUGCGUGCGCUGGAUCCCAGAGGGCACUUUCUGGGAGAUCGCCAAGCAGGAGUUGGCGGCGAGCCUUGUGAAGUCGAUCGUGGACCACGAGGAGAACCUGGACCAGGCCGUUGCAGAAUUGUACCAGCGCUACAAGUAUGUGCCCUUGCUGUGCAGCCAGAAUCUCGAGGUCUGGCGCAAGACCGAAGAGAAACAUCACACCUACUUCGGCCAGUUCCGCGAGGACGUCAAGCGGUUGGCCAAGUGGUUGGAGGAGAAGAAGGACGGAAUGGUCCAUAAGGAUCUUGUCACAAUCGACCAGACAUUCUGUGGCGGAAACCAGAUGAACGCCAAGACUUGCAACGCAAAGCUUGAAUUCAAUGACGCUGUCAAGGACUGGAUUCCAUGGGCUUCCUUUGAAGGCACGAAGGACAAAUGGAGGAUCAUGCAAGCCCUCUUCCACUCGUUCGAAGAAAGGCAGGCAAAUGACGAGGGCUGGCGGAAGGAAAUCCAAGAUUGGAAGGCCAAGUUCCCGUACCACAGCUUUAUCGACAAGCCUGGUGGCAUGGCCUCGGAGAUGUCUCCGACCGCGGAGCAGCGGUUCCUGGUCUGCUUCGGCAAGCGCGUCGCCAGCGAGCUGCACAGGCGGCCCAACGGCCAGCACAUCAUGACGGACCAGAACAACAUCGGCUGCCAUGGCUGGUGGGACCAGCAAGCGGCCCGUGACAUGCUCAACCGCAUGGUGGAGCUCUGGAAGCCGCCCACGUGCCAGCUGUCCGAGAUGGUGUACGCUAUGAAGAAGGAGAUCCUGGCCAUGUUUGUAAAGAUGAACGAGCGGCUCUUCGACGCUCUCCCGACGAUGCUGAUGGACGAGCAGCUCGACGAGCAGGACAUGCUGGACCAGCACAUGGCUGGCCCAGGCCCGUACGCCCCCCAAAGUGCCCACGACGGGGCCUUCGUGGACGGCAUGCGCGUGGCGUGCCUCGGUAAGCUGAAGUACCCCCCUGGCUGCGAGGAGUCCCACUUCCUGGCAGAAGGCAACUGCGAGCUCGUCGUCAAGGCAGGAAAGAUGGGCACCGUGGUGAUCGUGGACGGCAAAUUGCAUGUCCUGUGGGGCGACGACAAGACGCCCCGGUCCGCCGAACCCGGGCAACUCCACAUCAUGCCGCACGGCUGGGAGGGCCACAAGAGCAUGUCGUCGCGCAUGCGCGACCUGGUCGCUGGGUUGGGCGCAGUGGCCGACAGGGCGAACGCGAUGUUUGCGUCGAUGUUCCGGCAGAACUACCAGGGUCUGUCCGUCAUGAUGAGCGAAUCCGUCUCCAAGUGGAUCGUGUGCCCGAUCCGCGAGGACGCGAAUUUGCAGGAGCUCGACAGCCACCUUGGCGUGGAGGACGCUGCAUUCCAGGACUUCCGCAAGGAGGCCUACUCCAAGUGGACCGGCUACGAGGCGAAGGUGCCGGGAGAGGAAUGCAAGAAGCCAGACUUCUUGCAGGGCGAUUUUGGCGCGGCCGAGGUGUGCGAGAUCUCCGAGCUGCACGCCGACCACGUGGAAAGGUACUUCGACGAGGCCGGCGACCAGGAGGCGUUCAUAUGCCCUUUGAAGCCAGACCUCCGCUUCGACGAGCAGCUCACCGUGCUGUCGGAGAAGAGCGACAUGUGCUUCUUGCGCAUGACCAACGAGCAGGCCAGGCACUACGGGUGGCAGUACCGCGGAGACUUCCCCGCCCGCCGGCAGAACGACCAGAUGGAGAACCCUCCCCGGCAGGAGUUCGAGCUGGUGAAGCUCCUCAAGGUGCCCGAGGGCGUGGAGGACAACCAGGUGUCCUUCGGCCGGUACUGCCCCCUCGACGAGCUGCUGGCGAACCCGCGCUUCUGCGACAAGCCGCCGACCUUCAACCCGUGGCCGAGCGCGGACGCGAUGGCCGCGCACCUGGCCGGCUCCGUCGCUGGUCUCUUCGGGGUGGGCGCGGCGGCUUUGCAGGGCAGCAUCGCGGCCUUCCAGGCGAACCUCACCAGCCAGGCCCUGAAGGAGGGCGCGGCAACCGCCGCCACCGUGGUCAAGGAGAAGACCAUCGACGGCCUGUUCGGGACCGGCAGGCUCCUGCACAAGAGCGGCAAGUUCGCCCUCGCCUACCUGAGCGACGACCUCCCUGGCGCAUCGCGCCGGAAGCGCAAGCUGGAGGAGGACGCUUUCGGCACCCUGGAGGGAGGGGCCAUGCUGCACCGCCUCUCGUUCCAACGCGCCAUCGGUGCCUCUGGCCGCACGUCGAACUCGAAGGACCGCUUCGAGCGCUACGUCGUCUCUUACCCCUGCGGCAACUUCGACCCUGCCCUGCAGUUCUCGAUCAGGCGGGAGUGGGGCCAGAUCGCUCGGCGCAUGGUGCGCGAGGCGAGCAAGCAGGCCAAGAAAAUGGAGGUGAAGGGCCCACAUGUGCUGGACUACGAGCACUUCGGCAUGCUGCUCCGUGGCGAAGCGAGGGUGUUCGAAGACACUGGCAAGGCAGAGACUGAGAACAAGACGUUCUUCGAGCUUGGUGCGGCCAUUCAGGUCUCGACCGUGAGCAAGCCAGAGGACGUGCAGUGCUCCGGGAACGGGAUCACGAGCAGUUGCGAGCCCGCAGACCGCUGCCAGCGUUCAUGGACUUCGUGCGUGCCGAAAACCGUGACGGACCCUGACAGCUGGCUACUAGUCAAGGACCAGCUGCUGGCGAAGGCAGUUGGGGCCCUGGACUUGGGGCAGGCAGUCUUCGGCGGCAAGCUAUCUGACCUUCAUGGCAUCAAGCUCGCGCUCUACUGUGGGGAGAAGAAAGCAUUCGGCAACAAGCCAGGCGAGGGUCCCAGCGGCGGCGGCGAGAAGCUGCUGGAGUGCCUUCGGCGGGGAGUGAAGCAGAACGCCCAGCUGCGAGCGAAGACGCCUUGGAAGCUGUACUAUGAGAACGAGGUGGUUGUCGUCGCCGUCUUCGACGAGAUCGUGGGCCGGUGGUGCCAGCCUUCCGAGGCAUCCGAUGAGAGUUCGCGGGCGGUGGUCUGCGGCGAGGGCGCGGUCGUAGACCAGGCUCUGGACAGGCACCUCGGCAAUGAGCAUAAGAAGGCUCAUAUGAGUGCCUUCAAGGCGUCGGUGUACCGCGGCCUGCACAGCGGCGCGGGGUAUCCGAACGGGGCCCCUAGAGAGGUGCUGCUGAAGCCCGAGGACAUUCUCGAGGCGGCGGACCUGCUGCUGCCUGAUGGGAUCGUUCCGCAUCAAAGGAACUUGGCCGAUGAGAGCCAGGAGAAUCCAUUGAUUGAGGAGGAGAUGGCGUGA